AUGCCCAAAGUGGCUGUGGGAGCCACCCGCUCAGAUUGGGAUCUCAGAAAGCUCAUUGUGAGCGCAGAAGGGACCGACCUGGAGGAGAACAUGACGGUCGUGAUCCAGGUGGCCUUGGGCAAGUUGCUGGUCUCUGUGCCUCAGUUCCUGCACCACUGGCUCCUGGUGGCGUGUGGGAGUGUGAUGAUGGACAGCAUUGUGACUACAGUGUCUGGUCUCAGCACACAGCAGCUGUGGAUGGUGGAGCAGCCACACUCAGGGCUGCAGAGCGGGAGCUGCUGCACCCACGUGCAGGCAGGCUGGAGGGCUGUGACCCCGAAACAGCGCUGGGACAGGGCUCAAACUGCCGUUUCUGCAAACCCUGCCAACCCAGCGGUUUUGUCAGAAGCUUCUGCACCCGUCUCUCAAGAUGGAAAUCUCUAUCCUAAACUGUAUCCGGAGCUCUCCCAAUACAUGGGCCUGAGUUUAAAUGAAGAAGAAAUACGUGCAAAUAUGGCAGUGGUCCCUGGAGCACCAAUUCAGGGGCAGUUGGUAGCAAGACCUUCCAGUAUGAACUAUAUGGUGGCUCCUGUUACCGGUAAUGAUGUUGGAAUUCGUAGAGCAGAAAUUAAGCAAGGGAUUUGUGAAGUCAUUUUGUGUAAGGAUCAAGAUGGAAAAAUUGGGCUCAGGCUUAAAUCAAUAGAUAAUGGUAUAUUUGUUCAGCUAGUCCAGGCUAAUUCUCCAGCCUCGUUGGUUGGUCUGAGAUUUGGGGACCAAGUACUUCAGAUCAAUGGUGAAAACUGUGCUGGCUGGAGCUCUGAUAAAGCACACAAGGUGCUCAAACAGGCUUUUGGAGAGAAAAUUACUAUGAUCGUUUGUGACAGGCCCUUUGAACGGACAAUUACCAUGCAUAAGGAUAGUACUGGACAUGUUGGCUUUAUCUUUAAAAAUGGAAAAAUAACAUCCAUAGUGAAAGAUAGUUCUGCAGCCAGAAAUGGUCUUCUCACGGAACAUAACAUCUGUGAAAUCAACGGACAGAAUGUCAUUGGAUUAAAGGACUCUCAAAUUGCAGACAUACUGUCAACAUCUGGGACUGUAGUUACCAUAACAAUCAUGCCUGCUUUUAUCUUUGAACAUAUUAUUAAACGGAUGGCACCAAGCAUUAUGAAAAGCCUGAUGGAUCACACCAUUCCUGAGGUCUAAAAGUCACGGCAUGAUGGAACGAUAGCUGAACUCCUCCAGUUUCCUUCUUCGGCAACUUCUAUAUUAUGCACAUGAAGCUUUCCCAGAUCCAGGGAGCAUAUGCUGCAUGAGGACCUUCCUAUCUUACAUUGUGGCUGGGAAUCUUACUGUUUCAUCUGAUAUCUUGUUCACAUUUCAAGACAGUUGUAGCCUUAUCCUGGUUUUACAGAUGUGAAACUUUCAAAAGAUUUACUGACUUUCCUAGAAUAGUUUCUCUACUGGAAACCUGAUGCUUUUACAAGCCAUUGUGAUUAGGAUGACUGAUACAGGCUUAGCUUUAUGUGAAAACCAGUCACCUUUCUCCUAGG